AUGGAAAAGCAUAGCCGGGACGCAAUGGUGUCAUCGUUCAGUCAUCUGAAGCCUCCAGAGAGGGAUCUCAGCCUGAUGUCUCACAUGAAGUCUAUAAAGUCUCUGAGACACGCUGGCAUCACUGCAGUCUUCACUGGACAAGCGGAUCUAUUGGAGGAAGUGUCAAUAGUAGAUGUGAUUUUGGCCGACAUCGACUCCCUGGUGCCGACCCACGAUGAAGCAGGCCGGCCCAUAGCGGAGUGGAAACGACAGGUGAUGGUGCGGCAGCUGCAGGUCAGGCUGCAGGCAGAGGAGGAGCAGAGGAGACAGGACAUCCCUGAUGACUGCACACCAGUGGAUGGUUGGAAGUACUCACAAGCCCACAACGCAGUCUUGGGGCCCUUUGGUGAGCUCCUAACAGAGGAUGACUUGGUGUAUCUUCAACAGCAGAUUGAGACUGUUUCGCUGCAGAAGCGCUGCCAGGCCUACGAGCUGGAGCUUACCAGGCUGACCGAGGAGCUGAGAUCCAUUUUACCUGAGCAGAUUCUAAACAUCUCCCUCAAUAAAGAGGUUCUACAGCAGAUGGAUGCGGGGAAAAUGCAAUUGACUUUGCCAGUGUGGUGCAGCCGUGUCUCUGAGAUUGUCAAGAAUAUGUCACAGCUGGUCUCUAAUCUGACUCAAACCACAGAAGAAGGGGGCGAGAUGGGGAUAGUUAAAGGCAUGAAGGAGGAGAUGAAGGGUUUGCAGGGGGUAAGAGACAGUUUAGGAUUUUACUUAGAGCAGGAAUUGAUGGGAGAGACAGUGCCAACACAUGGGGAAACCUCUAGUGGAUGUAAAAUUCCUCAUAUAGGAAUGGCGUCAGCUUUUAGCCAUCGCCUGGAGACCAACAGCUACAGCAGAGCACGCAGGGAGAGGAUAGAGAGAGAGAUCCAACAGUCUGGGGUGUCAGUCAGAAAUCUCCGAACUAAUUUUGAAGGUCAGAUUGGGGGUAUCUAUCCCUUUGCUGGGGUUGUGAAAGGAGGCCAAGUAGCACUUGGAGCAUCAGGAGUUAAGAAACAGAACACCAACACAGUCCUCCACUGUGAGGAUAAACAUUAUCCUUCUAAAAAUGUCAUACCUGUGAUGGAGAGUACUAGUUUAAGAAAAGAGCGUAUAGUGGUGCUGUUCCUGAGCCACUGGAAGAAAUCUGCAUAUGCUAUUUCAGUGAGAGCAGCCAAGCAGGGACAAGGACAGAAAUUAGUUGCUGGGAGGGAAACAGAAGCUUCAACCUCAGAGAAAAUCCCCUCCAUGUUUCAGUUCUGCAAACAAAGAGGUGCUGUGGACAAGAUGCUCAACUCCUGGAGGUCGCAUUUGUCCUCCUCUAACUCUUCCCAAAAUCCACCACUUCGAGGGAUCUACUCUCCGGAGCAAUUUCUGCCAGAUGUCGAUGGUGUUGCAGUGACCCACGAUAGCCUGACGCUUGACCUCUUCAUGCUGGGAUACUUUCACAUCCUGGAGCAAGAGCUGUCACCCGAGGAGAGGAAGAUGAGGCACCUCCUCUGCUUUGAAGUCUUUGACCGCGUCGGCAGUUUCCCUUGGGAGAUGGUGAGGGACUUCCACAAGGCUGUUCUCCAGGAGAUCCAAGCUGAGAGGCGACAGUGGAGCAGCGGCUUCGAGGACAUCAGCGUUCGCUUCUUUGGAGACGCCAAACCGCACUGUCCAUCCCAAUCAUCAAGUUCCACACUUGUACCCAAAGUAGUAGUUCAAACUGCUACUUCAGAUGAGAAUGGAGGUGACACAGACUUCUCCUGUUUCAACAAUGAAGACAUUUGUAAAUACAUUGACCGCAGCUUCACGUUCUGGAAGGAGAAGGAGGCCGAGCUGUUUGAUUUUGAGCAAUAG